AUGGGGCGAAAGAAGAAAAUUGCAUCCCAGCAACCGGAAUCAUCGAAUCAACCGGCUAAGAAAGCAAAGCCAGAAACUGGUCCGUCGUUUCUCGUGAAAAAGUACCGGCCGGAUAAGCAUUAUGCAUCGAUGGACGCUUUCGUCAAGUACGCGAAGUCUCACCGAAUGCUGGACGCGGCCUAUGUACAAUGGAACAAAGGCGUAACGGCCGAGAAGCCGUUUGUUUUUUCUGUACGGGUGGGUGGGGUAGACCUCGGUUGGGGGCGGGGGAAGACGCGUGAGGCUGCCAUGGAAUGUGCCUGCCGAGCAGCCUUUGCCUUGGUUGGAGCUCACGGGUAUAAAAAUUGGACAAUUGAUGACAACUGCUUGAUGGAAGAACCAGUAGAUGUGCCUCCUCCACCACCGCCUCCGAUGCCCGGCGCGAUGGCGCUCGGCUUGCCUCCUUACCCUCCAGGCAGCCUCCCUCCUCCUCCCAUGCCCGGCUUUUUACCACCGCCUCCCCUUCCCGGUAUGCUUGCGCCUCCGCUGCCUCCCGGUGCGCCACCGCUUCCUGAUGCACCCCCACCUCCAAUGGCAGCGGACCUUAUCCCUCAGCCCCAAAUGGUAUCGAACCAAGCGCCCGUAGCAACGAGCGUAGCGUCCGGUGUCGCCAAUAAUGUGAACUCUGCUGUAAGUGAUGCGUAUACAACUUCUGCAAGCGUAUCUCUCAAUUUUGGAAAGCCUGCUGUUGUGAAGAGUCAGCGAAAGCAACUCAAGGGUGGAUUGACUCUUGUGUACGAUCCGCUCUCGGAAGGAAUGGAAGAACUGAGUAUGGAAGAACGACGAGCUAGCCUAGAAAGAUAUCAAAAAAUGUUGGUGCGCUCUGUGGCCAAGGUGGCGAAUAGCGGAGAAUUUUUUUUGGGAAUAUCAAGAAACGUAAGUUGUUACAUUGGCAAUCUUUUUGGUGUCUUGCCGGUAAAGCCCAUCAUUGGAAGCAUUGACUAUGAGGUAAUAAGAACUUUUCUCAUGGCUUCACUUCUACUUUCGCUAUUGACAGUGAGCAGACGAGCGAGCUCUAUGAGUGUGGCUAAAGGCGCAUUGACUCGUCAAGGGCCUGGCAUUUAUCUAUCGAAGUCGGCGCCAAUUCGAUGCACGCUUCAACAACAACAACAACAAUCUCUAUCAACCAGAAGCAGCGAUGAUCAACGAAAUCAGAGCGCUGGUCAAGUUAUCAAGGACCACCAAUACUGCGUUGAUCUUGUCCGCGAGCGGGACAGGGAAGGAUACCGAGCUACCAAAGCGUACUUUGCCAUACGGGCCUUUAAUGUUGAGCUAGCGUCCGUCAAAGACUCUCACAACUUGCGCCGUCGGGAGCAGCCUGGCCAACAAGAGUCUUCGAGUAGUGUUGCCCUGCAAAUGCGCAUGCAAUGGUGGAGAGACGCCUUGAAGGAAAUUUACGAAGACGAAAUGAGUGUUGCUGCUGAUCCUAUUCUAAGGAAUCUAUCGGUGUCCUGCUGGCACAAUCCUGUCGUUCGAGCUUUGUCCCAAGCUCACCAGCAAUGUGACUUGACACGGCGCUUCCUCGAACGCUUGAUUGAUGCUCGCGAUUACGACCUCAGUGUUGCGCAGUAUUCUUCGAUGAAUGAAGCGGCAACCUAUGCAGAGGAUACCAUUUCGAGUCUUCUGUACCUAGCCCUGGAGUGUACAGGGACUCGCGACGACAAUGCUGAUGAAGUCGCUUCAUACGCUGGUGUCGGGAUAGGUCUAACGACAGCCCUACGCGCGACGCCCUUUCGAUUAAUGCAUGGUGAAAUACCCAUUCCAAAGGAUCUGCUGCGCCCAGCUUUUCCUUACCAGGAAUUGAUGAAACAGACCGAAGAGGAAUAUACGUUGAUAGAAUCCGACGCGAUAGCAUUUCGCGAGGCAGUCCGGCACAUGGCAAAUGCUGCUUCCACCAGUUUAGCUCGUGCGCGCGAUAUUCAGGGGCAUGUACCGAGGCAUGCUAGAGCUUGCUUGCUACCGGUUGUCCCGUCAAUUCAUUUCCUUUCAAAGCUGGAGGGCGUCGAUUAUCACUUGUUUGACCCGAAGCUGAACGAUGACACACGACUGCGAUUAAUGUUACUCAUGGGACGAACAUGGCUCACAGGAAUCUUCUAG